GGGGGCGGGGCUUCUGCCGGCGCUCUCUAGCUCGGCUCUUCUGAUUGGCUGCGUGCCAGCGCCGCGGGUGAGGUCAGGGCGCACCUGGCCGCCGCACGGAAGCGCUGUGUGGCGUAGGGCCGAGCGCGGCGGCGGGCCCGGCCCGGCCCGUUCUGUUCCCCCGGCUCGGCAUGCAGGCGGUAGAGCGGGACGGGGCGGCAGGCGGCCCCGAUGGGGCGGCGGGGAGUGGUGAGGCCCCGCCGGAGCCGCCGCCGCCCAGAGCCGCCGCCGCUUUCGACCUGCUGGAGCUGGUGCGGAGCUACCGGCGGCUGGAGCUGUACCUGGAGCCGCUGCGGGACGCCGCCGAGGGCGUCCGUUCCCUCCUGCGGUGGCAGCGGCCCGUGUGCUCCCUGCUGGUCUGCCUCGGCCUCAACUUCCUCCUGCUCACCCUGGGCCAAGGUGCGUGCGGCGGCGGGGGCCGGUCCCCUCCCGGCGCCCCCCGCGCUGACGCUGUCCCCCCUCUUCCAGCCGCCUGGUACUCGGUGCUUGCCCUGCUGGUCGCCGUGCCGGCCCUGCUGGGCUACCUGCAGGAGUCGUGCCGGGCCCGGCCCUCGGAGCCGGAGCUGGAGCGCAGGCGGUACCACAGCGUGCGCCGGGAGGACCUGCGCAGGGUGCAGCUCUCGCGGCAGGAGGCCAUCGCCCAGGUCAAGAGCUUCCUGAUCCAGCUGGAGGGGUUCCUGAGUGGGAUGUGCUGCACCUGUGAGGCAGUGUACCGCGUACUGUACUGGGAGAACCCUACUGUCUCUUCCCAAUUUUAUGGAGCGCUACUGGGCACUGUCUGUGUCCUUUACCUGCUGCCUCUCUGCUGGGUCCUGGCCAUCUUCAACAGCACUCUCUUCUUGGGUAACACCCAGUUCUACCAAGUGAUAAUGGAACUCAAGGCCACAAUUGAGCAGUGUGUGGGCACCAAACCCCUUGAGAGCAUUCCAGAACCUGCUGAACCCCUGCCAGCUGCUGCCCCGCUGGAUCGGACCCCCACACCCACCAGCACAGAGGACCUUACCCCUGGCAGUGUGGAAGAGGCGGAGGAGGCAGAGCCUGAUGAAGAGUUCAAAGAUGCUAUUGAGGAGAACCAGCUACUGGUCAUGGAGGAUGACGAGAGCUCUCAGUGCUCAGCAGAUUUUGACCUCAGCCUCCCGGACAAUGGUUUUAUGAGCAAAAAUGAGGUGAUCCGCAGCAAGGUGUCACGCCUGACUGAGCGCCUGCGCAAGCGCUACCCCAGCAACAACUUUGGGAGCUGCACAGGUUGUGCAGCCACCUUCUCUGUGCUCAAGAAGAGGGUGAGUUUUUGUCUUCUGCCCAGCUUGCUGCCUGCACCUGGGGCAGAGCGGAGCUGCAGUAACUGUGGGAACAGCUUCUGCUCCAGGUGUUGUUCCUUCAAAGUCCCCAAGGCUGUGAUGGGAGCUACGGCCCCGGAAGCUCAGAGGGAGAUGGUGUUCGUGUGUGCUCUGUGCAACCAGGUGCUCAUCAAGUGACUGAAACAGGCCCAGCCAGCUCCUGAGUCCUGCACUACCUGACACCUGGGACAGCAGGCACCCUUGCAGCAGGAGCCUAGGCCGCUUGGUUCCCAGCGUGGCAUCACCCUGCCAGAGGAUGCUUGUGCUCAGUGCUCUUCCUGCCAGUGCCAGGCUGGGGGAAGACCAGCCUUCCUUGCCAUGCAACAUCUGCUGCACCAGCUGGGUCCCUGUGGUGCAACAUUGCCCACAGCUGUGCCCCAAAUCCUGUGGCUGCCCCUCACAGCUGCUGCAAGCCCUGGGUGCUCCCUCGCACUCGCUGCAUCCUACCACAUACUUGCCCAGGCCCUGCGGCCUGGCUCAGUGAUGGAGGAGUCAUCCUUCCCACUUAUGGUCCUACCUCCACCUCCUGGGUGGGGCAGGACAACCUCAGGGCUCUGUUCCUACCUUUCCCAGUACUGUGCUAGGUGACUGUAUUUUUGGGAUCAAAUCAGAGCUCUGCCUGCAUCCCCAGGAGAUGUGGUCUUUGGUCUUGGCUCAGCUGAGACCCUGCUGGUUGCUCCAGUGCUCUUCGGCCUCGCUGCCUGCAGGUUUAAUCUUUCCCCCCCCCCCCCCCCAUGUUUGGCUGUAGUGCAGAGGAGGCAAGAGGGUAAACUUAGGCUGGGCUGUGUGGCCGAGUCUCCAGCUGCGGCGUGAGAAGAGGCACAAGUUGGUGCUGCUCUGUGCACUUAGUGACUGCUGCUUUCUACUACAGAUUAAUAUAUAAGUGUAUAUAGAGAAUGACCAAUAAAUCUCUUGUCCUCA